UGCAAGAUGGCUCCUCAUAUAAAAACAGUCUUCUGCCUUUCCUACUGCGUGCAUCAAAAUAAUUCUUUACAUCUUAUCAGGUUGAAAUAUUUAUCCGCGGAUAGUUCUGAAGGAUAGCUGGAGCUAUAAAGUGGUACGUGUGUGGUGUUCGGAGACAGCUGGUGGAAGGAGAUACUGAAAAGAGAAGAGUGGAAGUUUUGAAGCCAUGAGCUGGUGAAGUGUCCGGCGGAGCGGAGCCGCUCGACAGGCCUCAGCUAACUCCAAGGAGAGGAAACUCUGAAAUUACUGGCUUUCCGUUGAAUGUGCGGCGUUGAAGGUCGUAAUAAACGACCAUGGCCGUGUCUAGACUUGAUCGUUUGUUCAUUCUACUUGACACUGGAACCACCCCAGUAACCAGGAAGGCAGCAGCACAGCAGCUUGGAGAAGUGGUCAAGCUCCACCCACAUGAACUCAAUAAUCUCCUUUCAAAGGUUUUGAUGUACCUACGAAGUCCCAACUGGGACACUCGUAUAACAGCAGGCCAAGCUGUAGAGGCCAUUGUGAAAAAUAUUCCUGAAUGGGAUCCAGCUCCCAGGCCUAAAGAAGGCAAGCGAUGA